AUGUCCAGCCACGGCGUAGCCCGCACCGCGCGGACCCGAACCGAAGAGCAGCGUCAGCAGGAUCAAGAAAAGAUCCAAAAGUACCGAGCUCUCGAGGAUCAAAUCCGCCAGCAGAUCGCCGACGGCAACUACGGCCCCGAGACGUUCCAGCUCACCUCGAAGCUCCUCCGCCUCAACCCAGAGUACUACACGAUAUGGAACGCCCGCAGGCGCUGCCUAAUCUCUGGCUUAUUGUCCAGACCCUCGGCUGGAUCGUCGCCCUCGAGGGCGUCGCAGAGUUCUUUAGCGACCGACACUCGUUCAGCCUCUUCCGCCGAUUCGUUGCCCUCGUCCUCGACAGAGACCCCGCAACCCCCCAGCCCCCGGACAGCUGGGAGGAGUGGUACAACACCUGACGACGCCGCCAAGGAUGCAGAGACUGUGCGCGCCGAGCUGGGCUUCACCGUGCCCCUGCUCAUGGAGUUUCCAAAGUGCUACUGGAUAUGGAACUACAGGCUGUGGAUUCUAGACCAGGCAACAGAGAGGUUCGACAAGGCUGUGGCUCGGCGCAUCUGGGAGGAGGAGCUCGGCCUCGUCAGUAAGAUGCUGACCAAGGACCGACGCAACUUUCACGCCUGGGGCUACCGUCGCCAUGUUGUUGCGCAACUCGAGAGCUCCGUCCUGAACGGAAAAAGUCUGGCUGAGCCCGAGUUUGAGUACACGACCAAAAAGAUACACGAGGAUCUCUCCAACUUUUCGGCGUGGCAUAACCGCAGCCAGAUCAUCGCGAGACUCCUCGAUGAGCGCAAAGCAGACGAUGAAACUCGCAAAGAGUUCUUGGACAAAGAGCUCGACCUUGUUCGCGAUGCGCUCAAUGUAGGACCCGAGGACCAAUCCCUCUGGUACUACCACCAAUUCCUAGUAUUGAACCUAGCCGACCCCGCCGGAAGUCGUCAGAUAGCUCCAAGCCUGACGGUGGACCAGCGCAAAUCGUACAUCGACCGUGAAGUUACCGACAUCAAGGAUCUACUAGAAGACUACGACGAUAUCAAGUGGAUCUACGAGGCAUUGAUUGAGUACGCAGUCGCCCUGAAUCAACUAACCGGCCAGGCACCGGAAUCAGAAUAUAAAAAAGACGUAGCGACUUGGUUAGCAAAGCUCAGAGAACUAGACCCCAUGCGAAACGGAAGAUGGGCGGAUCUGGAGAAGCAGCUUGGUCUCUCGUAG